GGUCGUACGACAUGAAUGCUUUGAUCUUACGCUGGCACGAUGAAUGCGUCACAUUUCUUGAAAGUGUGGAAUUGCCAGAACAUUUCUUAGAUAAAGAUGAUGUCAUCUGCAAAUCUUUUAAUUCAUCCUAUGAGACGUCAGGUGAUUUCAGCGGUCUGGUAGCUCAUCUGCGCUUCAGAAGGGAAAUUCCUUACUACCUGAUGGAAGUGUACUUACCCAUCAGCCUCCUGGUCAUCGGAUCGUGGCUGUCCUUCUGGUUGGAUGUUUACGCUGUGCCAGCCAGGACGGCCUUAGGAAUUACUACCAUCCUAACAAUCAUAACAAGUUCCAGGGGGAUCAAAGAAUCUAUACCCAGAGUGUCUUACGUGAAGGCAGUGGAUGUGUGGAUCGAGACCUGUACGUGGUUGGUGUUCUGUGCCUUACUCGAGUUCCCGUUCGUCAACUUCAUUGCUCGGAAGGGCAAAGAGAACGACGCUCUCGCCGCCAGCGCCGCCCAGAACAAUUCCAGAAUGGCCUCUUCGAAUAAGUUAUUUCAGGUAGUUCGGCAACCUGCGGCUACUAACAAGGUAUCAGCGGCAGUAACUAAUGGCCCGCCUAUUCGCCAGUUUGGCGACAGAGAUAGAUUCCAGAAUGAAGAUACUACUGUUUCUGAAGAAUGCUGUAGUUUUUCCUCGAAACUCACUGAGCAGACUGCUAAAUCUAUAGAUCGAGUCUGCAGAUUUCUUUUUCCAUGUGCUUUUGUAAUAUUCAAUCUCAUAUACUGGUUUUCGUGGGCGCCUUGAACGUUGCCACUGUCAAUGUUCGUGUAACUAACUGUCAUGUUCAUAAAUCGAUGGUGAUACCUUUCUGAGAAAAAAUAAUUUAUGAGUUUUUUAAGCUUUCAUAUUUAUGUAUUAUUUUUACACAAAUCUAAAGUGACAUAUGAAGGGGUACACCACACGAAGAGCGGAAAAUGUUGAUAAACUUCUGACUAUUUUACAAUUAAAUAUUAUAUUUUACUGUGUAUAUUUUAUAAUUACUAUAUAUAGAGAUAUUUAAGUGAAUGAUAAUCCAAGAUUCAUCUUCAAUUUCUGACAGUUCUGAAAUGUGUUAUUGUUUCCAGUAAGUAAUAAAGAAAUAACUGAUGUUAAAAUUAAAGAACAAAACUAUAGAAACAAUUUUGUUUCCAAUCAACAGUGCGUAAUUUCUUUUAUUUAUUUCCUUCAGCUUAAAAAUUCAUUGCUUAUUUAUUAUCAGGGUAUAAUUUAAAGAGAUUUUAUACGUACUUUACAUAAUACAUUGCAAUAAGUAUUUUUAUACCCAAAGUGAAGUAAGCAAAAUUUAGUUCUAUUAUCAAUCGCAAUAUUUCUAAUUACAGUUUGGUAUUCUAUCAUCUAUACCCGAAUUAAAGUCCAAUGCUAAUAAUGAAAUUUUUUAGUAAAGCAGAAAUUGCACCAUUAUGUUCUCCUUUUUUUUUCCACUCUACUUGAUUCGAAAUAGGCGUUUUUAAUGUUCUGUUUUUUUAUGGCAUUUUUAAGUUUAAAUAAGAAAUGAAGAGGUAAAUGUCUUAAGUUUUAAAACUGGAAUUUUUAUGAGAUUCAAUUUUUUUCAACAAUGAAGGUUUACUUUUAAGAGUUGUCAGCCAUACGAAUAACUUUUAUUUAAGAAGAAAAAUCAAAUAUUUCUGUAUAUUUUUCUGCACCAAGUAUUUUUAAUUUUUUUUUUUUUUUUUUUUUUUUUUUUUAAUUUAUUGAAUAUUUCAGAAGUAGACAUAAAUAUUUAGACCGUAAGCUAAAAAUCACAGAUUCCAAACUAAUUUUCAUUCAACGUCUUCCGUUCCAAAAUGUUUGAGUAAUAAAGUAAGGAUACAUACCGUUAUAUAUACUCGAAUGAAAAAGGACUUUAAUUCUAUAUAGCAUAUGAUUUUUGAGUAGUUUUAAAACCUAAUAAAUAUAAGGAUUUUGAAAGUCAAAAUUAUUUUUUAACUUAAGAAGGAUGUGCCCCUUCAUUCUUUUAUAGAUAAAAUCAAAUAGUGAAUGUUCUAACCCGUGAAGCAGUAGGAUUAUACAUUGUACUUUCAUCUUGAUUGCUAUUUGUUGUAUUUAUCACUUCACAUUGUAUCUGUGUUAUAUAUACUUUCCACUGCCAAAACUGGAAUGUAGUUAUCUUUGUGAGCAGUUUUUUUAAAGUCAUUUAGUUCAUAAAAUCAAAGUCUUGUCGGUAUGGAUAAGAAGUUCGAUUUGUAUAUUAAAUAAUUCGGUCCAGAAAGAACCUUACAUGCCAGGAAAUACUCAUUUAGAGUCUCGAAAGAUUCGCACAAUUAAAUCCGUCUUGAAUAUUUGCUCGUAAAUACAAGGCUGUGAUUUUAGAAAUGACUCAAGUAAAGCACACUUUUAGAUUGUUAGAGUUUGUCACAUGACUCCCUUUAUUAAAAAUAUACAAUUCUUAAAAUUUUAUAUGGUCCACACAAUAAAAUAUAUGCGAAUCGGAGAAAUACUUUUCAAAACCGAAUUAAUCAUGGAAACAGUUCAUCCUAAUGUGACUGAAAUUACAUUAUGGGUCGUUAAUUAAAUUUUCAGAGUUGUGCUGGCAUAUUACUGACAGUUGAGCAUGUUAAAAUUUCAAGCAUACAUUUCUAAAAGGUAUGGUUUACGUGCGAGGAACAUUAAUACAGAAAAACGAGUUUCUAAUUUGGGUUUUCCCAGAAGUGCUAAAAGACUCUUCCUGUCUAACGAAUUUUUUCCUGGUUUAGAGUAAACAAAUAUCAACAUGUGAUAAUGUAAUACAAUAUCAAAUUGUAAUAAAUUGGUACGUGAUGCAAAAUAUUGAAGUCAAUCUCUCUAAUAGGAAGAAUGGUGUAUUUUUUUUUUUUAAAUUUAAUCCACUACUAUAAGCUUGAAACAAAACUUUUCAUAUACGUUACUGUAUUAUUGUGUCAAUAUGAACAAUAGUUAAAUGUUAUAUUAGAAAAUUAUGAAAUGCUGUUUUGUAAUAAAAUAUUUUACAGAAAA